UAGCAUGGCGGUGCGCUUCGAGGAUGUCCGAUUCCGAUUUGAUUACUCUCUCUGGAAAUGGAGAAAACGGAAAGGCCGUUGUUUACCUUGUGGCUUUCCAUCUGUUCUUUGUUAUGUUUGUAUGGUCCUAUUGGAUGACAAUUUUCACAUCUCCCGCUUCCCCCUCCAAAGAGUUCUAUUUGUCCAAUUCUGAAAAGGAACGUUACGAAAAGGAAUUCAGCCAAGAAAGACAACAAGAAAUUUUGAGAAGAGCGGCAAGGGACUUACCUAUCUACACCACAUCAGCUUCAAGGACCAUCAGAUAUUGUGAAAGAUGUCAGUUGAUUAAACCUGACCGGGCACAUCACUGCUCAGCAUGUGACAUAUGUAUUCUUAAGAUGGAUCAUCACUGUCCUUGGGUGAAUAACUGUGUGGGAUUUUCUAAUUACAAAUUCUUCCUGCUGUUUUUAUUGUAUUCCUUGUUAUAUUGCCUUUUUGUGGCUACAACAGUUUUACAGUACUUUAUAAAAUUUUGGACGAAUGAACUCUCUGAUACACGUGCAAAGUUCCACGUACUUUUUCUUUUCUUUGUGUCUACAAUGUUCUUCAUCAGCGUCCUGUCACUUUUCAGCUACCACUGCUGGCUGGUUGGAAGAAACAGAACAACAAUAGAAUCAUUCCGCUCACCCACAUUUUCAUAUGGACCUGAUGGAAAUGGUUUUUCUCUUGGAUGCAGUAAAAAUUGGAGACAAGUCUUUGGCGAUGAAAAGAAAUACUGGCUACUUCCAAUAUUUUCAAGCUUGGGUGAUGGUUGCAGUUUUCCAACUCGCCUUGUGGGGAUGGAUCCAGAACAAGCUCCUGUUACAAAUCAAAAUGAAUAUGCUAGAAGUAUUGGCUCAAGUCAACCCUUUCCUAUCAAACCGCUUAGUGAAUCAAAAAACCGAUUGUUGGACAGUGAAUCUCAGUGGACAGAGAAUGAAUCUGAGGAAGGCACUGUCAGAUCAGGGACAAAUAACCAUGUUACAGUGGCAAUAGAAAAUUGAGUACCACUGGUUCAUAACUAACCAUUUGAAUAAGAACAAGGU